CUGCACUACGGGACCCUCCUGGGCAGCAGAGCUUGUGCCCACAUGGCAGCAGCUGCCUGGGCCAGUGCCUUUCUCAAUGCUCUCAUGCACACAGCCAAUACAUUUUCCCUACCCCUGUGCCAUGGCAAUGCCCUGGGUCAGUUCCUCUGUGAAAUCCCACAGAUCCUGAAGCUCUCCUGCUCCAAAUCCUACCUCAGGGAAUUUUGGCUGAUUGUGUUUUCCAUUUCUUUACUAUUUGGUUGUUUUGUGUUCAUUGUUUUCUCCUAUGUGCAGAUCUUCAGGGCCGUACUGAAGAUCCCCUCUGAGCAGGGACGGCACAAAGCCUUUUCCACCUGCCUCCCUCACCUGGCUGUGCUCUCCCUGUUUUUCAGCACUGGGUUUUUUGCCUACCUGAAGCCCCCCUCCAUGUCCUCCCCAUCCCUGGAUCUGGCCCUGUCAGUUCUGUACUCAGUGGUGCCACCAGGACAAGAGCAGAUGAUUGACAGGGAGACAGGUCAACACCACUCCCCCCUGCACCCCCUGCAGCACUGGCAGAGCCAGAGGAGGCCGCUCCACGACCCAGCAGAUGCCAUGAAGAGACAGGCUCAGUCAUCUUGUCAAUCUUAG